CUCGAGGUAAAGAAAAAUGUUGACUUUGAUAAUCAAAAUUGAAGGCAGUAAAUGCAUUUGUUAUGGAGUUAUAACACUCAUACACAUUGCUUUAAGUCCUUAUCCUUCCAGGAUUUGUAGAAAAUUCCGAAACGUCAACUUCUCCCCUUUUUUUUUCUUCGACGUACGCAUGACAUUAUGCAACCCACAUAGAAGAUUUGCGUCCAGGUUUUGCGAGUGUGUAAAAUGGCGCUUGCAGGAAGCAGGGGGUUGAUCCCGAAAUAGGGGUUGUUUUCCAAAGGGGAACUUGGUCCGGAACGUUAGUCCAAAAAAAUUUUUUCCAAGCGAAGCCCGACGUCUACCGCACUCGGAACCAUUCCGACAAAUCCAAUUUUGCGCCUCAAGACCCGGGUUUGGAAAAUAUGGAAAACGGUGUUUGCAGGAAAAUGGGGUUGAUUCCGGGACGGGUAGUAGGGUCGCGAAGUCGAGCUUUGUCUGAAAUGGUAGUAGAACCUGUGGAGGGACCGACCUGGCCACCAGUCAGCUUUCAGUGAGUGUCGAGGGAGUAUCGUCGAGCUUUAGGACUUAGCGAGUGGUCCACAUCUUCUGAGCUUGUCUUUUUGAGAAACUCACUCCGUUCAUCCUAUUGAUCCGAUGAUAAAAGUCCCCCGGAGCGACAAGACCCGCGAGUGCAUGUGCUGUGUCCUUUCCUAGGGGUAUGGGAGUUUUGGAAUCUGCCGGCAUCCUCGGAUCGUUUCUCUACCUCUCAAAGGCUGUUUAAAAAUAUAAGACUCUGCUGAAAAACACCAAUUUCAUCUUUACAUAAUUUACCAAAAUGGGUUGCUUUGGGAGCAAGGACAAGUUGUCAAAAGAAGAUAUGGAUUUUCUAAAAUCGCAUACCCGAUACGAUGAAGCAACGAUUAAAGAAUGGUACAAAGGUUUCAAGCAAGACUGUCCAAACGGAAGGCUGACACCCGCCAAGUUCGUAGAUAUGUACAAGAUGUUCUUCCCGAGCGGUAACGCGGAAGAAUUUUGCGACCAUGUCUUCAGGACAUUCGACAUGGACAAAAAUGGUUACAUCGACUUUAAGGAGUUCCUUUUGGCGAUAGACGUCACAUCGUCUGGUACGCCUGAAGAAAAACUGAAAUGGGCAUUCAGAAUGUACGACGUCGAUGGAAACGGUGUUAUUGAUAUUCAGGAAAUGACGAAGAUUGUUCAGGCGAUUUACGACAUGCUGGGUGCUUGUUCAUCAAACCGGCCUGCCGAUUCUGCGGAAGAACGCGCUAAGAAUAUAUUUGCUAAAAUGGAUGAAAAUAACGACGGACAGCUUACUCAGGAUGAGUUCCUUAAAGGCUGCCUACAGGACGAGGAGUUAUCAAAAAUGCUUGCUCCUUAGUCCAGCUAAUGUGAUACCAGCUAAUUUGCUUUACCCCCCCUCCCUCUAGAGAUCUCUCUAACACUGUCUUCUCUCUUAUCCUUUGCUCUUUCUCUCUACAUCUAUACUUCUACCUGCACUUGUUUACCCGCAGAGUGACCUCUUGACGCUUGAGGCUCCCAUUCGACCAAAGACAUUCAAUUCUUCAUUUCAGACCAACUUCCUUCAUCCCUCGAUUGAUGAUACCGUCAAGGAUGUCUACCUUGGAUUAUACUCUGUAUAUUGUCGAUCGAAGACCCUUCGAGGGCACAAAUGUAUAACACAUGUACUAUUGUCACACCAUUACUUUGUAUAUUACAUUGUGUAAUUGAGAUGUAAUUGUAUGUUCAAUUGAUUUUGAACUGUAUAUAAAUUUAAUUAGAAAAAUAUUUGGAGAGAAUUUGUCAAAUAGAUCGGACCAAGAAGGAGUGGGUUAAUUAAAAUGCACUGUAUAUACAGUAUGUAUUCAUUUUCAGUGUUUGUAAAUAAAAAGUGUAUCGUUUACUGAAAUUUCAUCAUAGCACCCACACGUUGUUUCAAGCCGUAAUGAAACUGAUUACAGUUAAUUGUAUAUACAUGUGCAUUUCAAAAUUUAAUUGUCAUUAGCUGUUUUAUUCACGUUGCACAUCUCUACCUUACAAUUAUAGCUAAUAGGAAUAUUUUAUACUUACUUGACAAAUGUGUACCCCAUCGCAUAAUGUACAGCUCAAUAUUUUUACCAAUUUUUAUGUCAAAUUAUUAAAUAAUCAGUGUAUGUACAUAUUAACGGAUCUCUAAUACUGGUUUCGGGCAUCAUAAAACAAUUAAUUGCCUACUUUUUACAUGUUGAAACGACAUUUGUGCUGGACACAAAUAAAUUUUGGCAAUUGAAGAAUAACAGGAUGGAAAUAGAAAUGUUUAAUUCCUUUAUUUACUAAAUUUGGCACCUUUGAAAUUAAUAAAAACGUAAUAAAAUUAAAACAAGCUACAAAAAAAUUAUGUGAAAUUCUAAAAAAAAAUGCAUUUUUAUUCUAUGGUUAUAACAUACUCGUACUCCCAUAGCAUGGGGAUGUUAGUUCAUUCCAAAUGACAGUUUCAAUGUCAUUUUAUUUACGACUAAUUACGAAACAUUGUAGUGGUGAAAUAUUAGUGCUUUUAAUACCUGGGUUUAUAUAUAAUAUCGAUUGUUUUAAUUAAUUCAAAAAUUUGCCUUUUCCUUGAUGUAUAUUUCAAGGAAGGGCUUUUGAAUUUUAUGAUAUUUCAAAAAUGAUGUUUAAAUCCCCAUGAUUAGCGAAAGUAUUACUAUAGCUCCAUUGAAAUUAUAUAAAUUAAAAUUGUCUAACAAUUUUUCAUAUUGGAAAUAUUUAAGCGUUAUCUGCACUCUUUGCUCUUAGAAUAAAUAUAUUUCAUUGUUGCUUCUAUCGAAUCACUCGGGGUUGGAAAUCUUUCUUUUAAUGGGGUCAAAAUAAAUGAGACAACUGCUUUCUCUUCUCUCAAUAAGAAAGCCCUAAAAAAAUUAAACUUUAAAAAAAAAAAUAUUGACAAUUUUCUCUUACUGUGGGUUAACGGGAUGUUAAGGCACAAUUUUAUAUUUUUCUACUUCUCUGUCUCUCUAUCUGCACAAAUUGUAAAUUUAUACUAUACAUAACUAUUUUAAUUUAGUCUUAAGAAAUAUGUUAUUUAUAAUUUAAGUGUAUUGUUUUGUUAAGUGCUAUACUUUUUAUUUUAAGUUAUGUGUAUACUGUAAUGUAUAACAAUGGCAAUCUCGUAAUAAGAUUUGAAUGUUUAAAUGUAUGAGACAUUGAUAUUUCCUCCAUCAGCCACUAUAAUUUAUUUAAUUUUAUGUUGAGGUUGUAUGAAUUUAUUUAGUAUAGCUAUCAGAUAUAUGUAUUUGACUAUACUAAAUAAAAACACAUACCGUUGACUAACUUGCAUUUUAUAACAUUAUUGCUUUUUAUU